UCCGCAUACAUUGACAUACACGGCGAUGAGAAUAAAUACAAACUCUAUAACCGGUGAUUGAAAAGAUAGUGUCCCAAAACCAUGGGGGGUUGAAUCCGUCAUCCUGGCCAGAGUUUGAGAAUCGAUUCGAGACUUUUAACGAUUAUGGGACGUCUGAACGAAUUUUCCAUCGCCUUCACGUUCUUUUUUCUAAAGUUGUCCGGUCUUUGGGUGGCAGAAAAUAGCUUCGAGGAGCGAUGUAGACGCGUCACUAUAGCUUACUCUAUCUUCGUGAUAUUUUGUCACUGUUGUGUUAUAACCACGGACACCUAUUACUGCAGAGGAGACUUUGGCGUCACCUUGUACAACCUGUCCAACGUAUUGAGCACGUACAUGUCCGUGUUCAAGUUACUGUGCCUGCUGACGCAAAGAAAGGAUUUCCAUAGAUUGAUUCGAUACAUGAGACGUGAAUUUUUGAAUGGGGAAUAUGAUCCACACGAGAGAUCGAUCCUGGCCGCGUGCAAGGGCACUUCCACGUUCUACAUUUGUACCUUUAGUUCUCUUUCGAACUCAACGCUGAUGAGUUACGUCAUCAGUCCAAUUAUAGUAAAUAUUGGAAGAAACGAAUCAGACAGGAUACACCCAUUUAACGUGAGGCUUGAUCUGCCGUUGGCCAUGACACCAUACUUUGAGAUCAUUUUUAUCCUACAGGCUUUUGCUUUAUACCAGACUGGUAUAUGCUACUUUACAUUUGAUAACACCCUGUGCAUGUUCAAUCUCCACGCGGCUGGCCAGUUUCGUAUACUACAAUACAGACUAGAAACUAUGAGAGGUGCGAAGAUUACGGAGGAACGUACUGGUGAUUUGAAUGCCUGUCCAUCGCGACAUGUAGAUAUAUAUUACGAGGCGUUUAAAACCCACGUACGACAGCAUCAGGAACUCAUCGCAUUCUGCAACAGACUCGAAAACGUGUUCAGUUUCUAUUCACUGGGCCAGGUGUUAUUGUUCAGCUUGCUAAUUUGUCUGGAUGGAUACAUGAUUCUAGUGGCAGAGGUGCCCGUCUCGAGACGCUUCAUUUUUGUGUUUCACUUAAUCGCCUGCAUAGCCCAACUGUUCAUGUUCACCUACAGUUGCGACCGUUUGAUACAAGACAGCACGAGCGUCGCCAGGGCAAUGUACGCUGCUCCCUGGACCGAUCUACCAAUGAAUAAGGAUGGGAGCAGGUUGAGGAAGGAGAUGGUGCUUGUGAUGAUCAGGUCUAGGCAGCCUUCCUGCCUGACAGGCUACGGAUUCUUCGCUAUAUCCUUGGAAACUUACACUAGGGUCCUGAGCACAGCAUUUUCGUACUUCACACUAUUGAGACAAGGCUCCACGACUAUGAAAUAA